AUGGUGUGGGGCCGCCGCGGGCCCGGGGACCAGCGUCGGAGACGUCACGAGCGGGACCCGCAGGUGAGGCUGAAGCGGGGCCGCCCGCGAGGGCAGCGCGCGGCGGCAGCAGCGGCGGCGGCGGUGGAGACCCGGAGCACCUGGCACAGGCUUUACCGGUCCCUUCAGCGUCGGAGGAAGGCUCUUCGGCUCCAGCGGAAGCGGGCCCAGAAGACAGCCGUGGCGAGUAAGGGCUGUGCCACCCUGGCUUCUCCCCAUAGUCACCUGGUUCCUGGCACUGUGAGUCCCCACAUCUGGGGGCACCUCGCUGGAAGCCUGCCAGCAUCUGUGGAGAACUCUGCCCGGGAAUGCCAGCCAGAGGAAAAGCUCCACAAGGCAGCAGCUGGCUUGCCAGUGGGCAGUGUGUUAGGUCAGGCCAAUGGUUGCAGGCAGAGGCCUGAACACCAGAAUCUUGGCGUGCUUAGGAUAGCCAGUGGAGAGGGCCAGCUUGAGAGCAGCCCCACCUUAGUCACCUUGAGGAGCCAUAAGGGAAAUGGUCGUUACUACAGCUGUUAUCCAGGGCUGGACCCAAGCAGAAUGGAGCCUGAGCAGCCGUCCCUCAUUGUGAGAAGGCCCCAGCUCAGCCAGCCCAGGGGGAAGAGGAUAUCGUUACUUCGGCUGUACAAGAAACUGUCUAUGAUUAGGUUUCGGUAUAGGAUACUACGAUCCCCAAAGUUGAAAACGAGGAGCAAGGCCUGUAAGCUCCGAAAAGCCCAGCAGCGGAGCUGGGUACAGAAGGUCAUCAGGGACCAGCGAGAGAACCAGCAGGAAGGCUGCCAGGGGGCCACCUGGGACCAGCGAGAGAACCGGCAGGAAGGCUGCCAGGGGACCACCUGGAGCUCAUUCCCUUACUCAGGACCUGGCAGCCCCUCUCACCUCCAGCAGCCUCCCUUCCCAGAUAUGGACUGCCCUGCCCCAGGACCCACAGCAAAGGGGAAGAACUUGAAUACAUCUGCUGGCCCACAGAAAGGAAACACUGGGUCAGGCCCAGAGCCUUGUGGAGGGGAGACACUCCCCAGCCAGCAGAACAGCAACAGGGCACAUGGUUGGGACCCAUCAGCCUUCACAGCACUGACCAGUGAGAACCUCUCACCAGAGCAACACUCCAGGGACCUUUUCAUCUCAGAAACUGAACCAGAAACUGUCACUGUGGGGCAGGAUGACCAGGUGAGAGACACUGGGGAUGACAAGGUCAAGCUGCCCCUGCCUGGCCCGGUGGAGAAGGCAGUAAGUGGUAACAAGGGCCAGGGGGAGGAGCCUGUGUCCACCAAGACUGUGCAGAACCUGGGGGGCCCAUGCCAGAUGGAGGCUGAGGCUCCCCGACACCGGAACAUCCAUAGUGCCAAGUUAUUGGAUCAUCCCUACUGUAAAAGUCCCCUGGAUGCGCCCUCCCAACAAACUGGACUCAAAGGGGGACGUCAAGUGGGAGGUGGAAAGAGUGGUCAGAAAAAGUCUACCGUGAAGGACGAAGAUCUUUCCUCCUGUCUCUGUGGAUUCCUGGAUGAGGUGAUGAAGAAAUAUGGCAGCUUGGUCCCCCUCUGUGAAAAAGAUGUUCUCGGAAGACUGAAAGAGGUUUUUAAUGAAGACUUUUCCAAUAGGCACAUGCUGGACAUGGACGACCUGGCAACACUGGACGGUCAGAACUGGCUGAAUGACCAGGUAAUCAAUAUGUAUGGUGAGCUGAUAAUGGAUGCUGUUCCAGACAAGGUUCACUUCUUCAACAGCUUUUUUCAUAGACAGCUGGUAACCAAAGGAUAUAAUGGAGUAAAAAGAUGGACCAAAAAGGUGGAUUUGUUCAAGAAGAGCCUUCUCUUGAUCCCCAUCCACCUGGAGGUCCACUGGUCCCUCAUUACUGUGACUCUCUCAAAUCGAAUUAUCUCCUUCUACGACUCCCAAGGCAUUCAUUUCAAGUUUUGCGUAGAGAAUAUAAGAAAGUAUUUGUUGACCGAAGCUAGAGAAAAAAAUCGCCCCGAGUUUCUUCAGGGUUGGCAGACGGCUGUUACGAAGUGCAUUCCACAACAGAAAAACGACAGCGACUGUGGAGUCUUUGUGCUCCAGUACUGCAAGUGCCUGGCCUUCGAGCGACCCUUCCAGUUCUCCCAGGAGGACAUGCCUCGAGUGCGAAGAAGGAUCUACAAGGAGCUGUGCGAGCGCCGCCUCCUGGACUGAGCGGGGCCACCGGGCCGCCGGAGGAGGCCGCUGCGCCCCCGGACGCCGGGCCGCUCCCCGGACUCCUGGACGGCUCGGGCCGGCAGCGGCCAGCCACUGGCGUUACCUCAGCUUGGUUUUCUCCCCUGACGUGUUUCUUCAGCUACCAUGUAAUAUUUCUUAAUGUCCGCUUUUGUUCCUUUCUAAUUUGUGAUUUCUUUCUUGUAUUUAAUAUUUAUUAUAUGAGCGCAUGCCAUAGGCCGAGCAUGCAGAACAGAAUAUUAAAAACGAAAAACCAACCAAGUCGUAGAUUGGGUGCACCGACCUUCCACCGUAGCUAGGACGGACGGGCCGAGGCCGGCCCAGGACCCGGCGAUGCCCCAUCUGGGGGGCUUCUUCCCCGGCCCCCCGCCAGGGCAGGGCGGGACGAGGAGAGCCGGGAACGAGUCGGCCCAGAGCUUUCCUUUCCGGGGUGGAGAGCCGGCGGGGGGAGCCGGGACGUGCCCCUCCCCACGGACAAAGGAGACGCGAGACACUGUGAUGAUGCUGCCGGAAAGCUCUGGGUGUUUGAUGCUGCUCUGACGGGACGCCGCCGCCACGUCCGGAUGGAGAAGACGGACCGGACGCGGCUCCCCGGUCCGCCCUUCGUCCCUUUGUGUGUGUCUCGCCUUUACGUGUGGAACCAGAACCGUGUGCGCUGCUCUGGGUCCGUUGGGGAUUCUGUGCCAAUUAAAGUCCUCUUUUGCCUUUUGCCUUACA